AUGUCGUUGCCAGAGCCCCCUAUUUGGUCCCGGGUCAUCCUUUUGAUCCUCACGAUCGCUUCGUUUUACCCCCAAAUCUUCCGAAUCCAGACGACACACACUAUCCGCGGAAUCUCUUCGCUCUCUAUUUUGUGGUGUUUAAUCCGGGCCACAGAACAGCUCACUAUCUCCAUAUUUUCACUAUAUGUUGAUGUUGGAUCUGACGGCAACAUCCUCCUUCAUGAUCCGCCAAGCAAAGGGGACCGAUUCAAUCUGUGGCACUUUGCCAUAGUCACAGUCCUUUUCUUAUCACUAUUCCUUCGAGUUACUCUCCACAGCGACCGUAGAAACUCCCUUAUUGCCGCAUACGCUUGUUAUCUUUUCGUCUCGAUUACACCCCUACCAUGGAUCCUUGAAGCCACGUCACCAUUUCAAGGAUUAGAUCAACAAUUCUUCGCAAGCAUCUUUUACGCAGUACACAGUAUGCUCAUUUACCCAAUUUUCACGAUUCUGGGCUUCGUGGGUAUCUACUACCAAGCUCGUGAAAUCCUGACUAUACCGUUUCCAAAUGCGUUGAGUCUGUCGGGCCUCGCUGCACAAGCCGUUAUUUUCACGUUGGUAUCGGUGACGUUGAUAUGGGCUCUUCCUUUUCCCUAUGAGAAAUCGGAUGGCGAAUUCAGUUGGCGUAGUUUCUCUGUUUGGUACGGCGUUAUUGGAUGGAUCAUUGUCGACAACUUUGUCUUUGCACUUGGCCAGGCGGUGCUUCUUGCUUUGGGUCUACUUCGGUCGUCAUCGAGCAACAACGGUGCUCUAGGAGGCGAAACCGAGCCACUUUUGGGAAGCGUUGCACAUUGA